UGUGUGUGUGUGUGUUCGUUCGGAGGGGGGAGAGAUCGCAGCCGGCGCGGGCUCCCAAACACCACACAGCAUACAGCCACAGCAGGAGGAGGAGUAAGAUAUCUGUCCGUCAAGGCGGUUACCACAGUGAAGGGGCGGUCUUGGAAUGCUCAACACCCAAUGGGAAGCGACGCUCCGGGUGUCGCUAUGGUGACGGGGUUGUGCCCGGGGAGGCUGUGAUGGGUUGACAGGUGCGUGACAAUCGGAGCUCUCUGCAAGCAUGUACGCCAAAGGCAAGAGUAACAGCGUACCGUCCGACAACCAGGCCAGGGAAAAGUUAGCGCUUUAUGUGUAUGAAUAUUUGCUUCAUGUAGGAGCACAGAAGUCAGCACAGACAUUUUUGUCAGAGAUACGAUGGGAGAAAAAUAUCACAUUAGGAGAACCACCAGGAUUUCUACAUUCUUGGUGGUGUGUUUUUUGGGAUCUGUAUUGUGCGGCACCUGAAAGACGAGAAACAUGCGAACACUCGAGCGAAGCGAAGGCCUUUCAUGACUACAGUGCUGCGGCAGCUCCCAGUCCAGUGCUAGGAAACAUUCCCCCCGGAGAUGGCAUGCCAGUGGGGCCUGUACCGCCGGGAUUCUUCCAGGGACCUCCCGGUUCACAGCCUUCACCACAUGCACAGCCUCCACCUCACAGCAAUCCCAUGAUGGGGCCUCACAGUCAGCCGUUCAUGUCACCUCGUUACCCUGGAGGUCCGCGGCCACCCCUCAGAAUACCGAAUCAGGCAUUAGGGGGAGUCCCAGGAAACCAGCCAUUACUACCAAGUGGGAUGGACCCGACACGGCUGCAAGGGCAUCCAAGCAUGGGCGGGCCAAUGCAACGAAUGACUCCGCCUCGGGGGAUGGUCCCGCUAGGACCACAGAGCUAUGGAGGUGCAAUGAGGCCCCCUCUGAAUGCUCUAGGUGGCCCUGGAAUGCCUGGGAUGAAUAUGGGUCCAGGAGGCGGCAGAGCGUGGCCAAACCCUCCCAAUGCCAACUCGAUACCAUACUCUUCAGCGUCUCCUGGGAAUUAUGUGGGCCCGCCGGGCGGAGGAGGUCCCCCAGGGACACCCAUCAUGCCCAGCCCAGCAGACUCUACAAACUCUGGUGACAACAUGUACACUAUAAUCAAUUCAGUUCCCCCUGGAGCGAACAGGUCCAAUGUAAGGAGAUACCCGUGUCUUCCUUUCCCAAUGGGCCCCGGGUCAGAUGGCCCCAUGGGUGGAAUGGCAGGAAUGGAGCCGCAUCACAUGAAUGGGUCGUUAGGCUCAGGAGACAUGGACAGUAUUUCCAAGAACUCUCCCAGCAACAUGAGUAUGAGUAAUCAGCCUGGCACUCCGCGGGACGACGGGGAGAUGGGUGGAAACUUCCUCAACCCUUUUCAGAGCGAAAGUUACUCUCCCAGCAUGACAAUGAGCGUGUGAUCAGAUUCUUCUCCCCACCUCCACCCAGCGUUCAGAGAGUGGGCUUCAUCUUCAAGGAGGAGCUGCAAGAGAACAUUUAUUUAUCCAGUGUACAGUGAGGAGCUGCGGCUGAACCCACUGCUUCCUGUCUUAUCAUUUCUGUGAAGAAAGUGGGUCCAAACUACUUUUUGUUUUGUUUUUAUUUUUUCUUUUACAGCACUUCUCAGACUGAACUGCAUUUUAGGAAUCGCCCUGAACUGAACUGCAAAAUGAUUAUUUGUAUAUAUUCUCACACUGAAAUGAUAUAUGGAUUGAGGGUAACUGAAACCUCUUUAAACUAGAAAAAAUAAAGGAUUUUUUUUUUUUUUUUUAUUAACUCAAUAAUUUUUUUUAAUGUUUACAUGUUUUUGAUUUUUUUUUUUUCUUUUUCCUGGAAAUCCAUGUUAUGUUUUGUAUGCCACUGUUGAAUAAGUUAUUUUAUUGAAUUCAGAUAGGUAAGGUUUAGGGAAUGCAGUAUAUGGGUAUACUAACAAUGGAAGGAAUGAAAAAGAUGAUUGAUUGAUUUAUCCUGUGAAUGAACAGUUUGUUCUGUGCCAAGAAACAGAAGAAAGCCUUUCCUUAUUACUUAGCAAGUAACAGCUCCCAGACACAGCAACAGUAGUAUAGGGUCCAGAUGUAAUGGCAGUGAUAUAUUUGUAUUAUUAUUAUUUAUCAGUUUUACCCAAUUUAAUGUCAUCUCACUAGUGUCUAGCACUUACCAAUCAGGAGGACUGAAGAUCAACAGGCGUCCUCCAUCCUGUCCAUCACCCUGUGAACCAAAGCCAUGCAUGUUACCAAGCUAGUGAACCCUGACGUCAAGGGCCUUGUCUGGAUUUGUCGAGCCCCUGACCAGUUGAGGUCCAGCCGUUUUUCCUGCCCAAUCCACAGGAGUGCAAAGAUCAAUGCAGUACUCCCCGUGGACACCAGUAACGCCGGCAACUCGGCACAACCAGAAUUAGAACCAGCAAGAUCCUGAUUGCAUGACUGGUGAUAUUUUAAAGAUCUUAAACUAUAUACAUUUUAAAAAGUGUUCACAGGUGGCAUAUACACAGGUGUAUUGGUUCCACGCUGGAAAACACCAGUCCUAUUGAAGUGCUUUAAGGAAGAUAUUGAAGAUGUUGAAAAGUUUGUCUAAGCUUGAGUGUUCCAUUUUGUUGUAGAUGGUUGAUUAUUUCUGUCCCUGCUUUUAUAGUCAAAUAUAUCAGAAAUGGCUUUGGGAGAGAGACUUAAGAUGCGAUCUGGGGGCUUUGAUGAGAGGCGAUAUAUGAUUCUGUACUUUGCAUUCAUUUGAAACCAAGGCAGCACUAAAGAUCCAAAAUCCCAGAUGAUAUAUAUUUCCUUUAAAGUAGGACAACCUUACAGUUCACUCAGACCAAUGUUUCUCAAACUCAGUCCUGGGACCCUUCUGUGUCUGCUGGUUUUUAUGCCAACUGAAAUCUCAAUUACUGAACUAUAC